GCGCAUGCGCCGUGUGCCAGAAGUGGAUUCACGCGGGUAUCCGAGCGCUAACGGGCUACCUUCCGGUGAGUCCCCGCCGGACCUGAGCCCCUGUGCCUCGCGGAGUCCCGCGGUGUAACGGUGAGCUGAUCGGUGGAGCCGUCACCGGCCGACCGCGCGUGGCUGCGCCGUUUAACGUCUGAGACGGUUAGUUGGGCAACUGCUAGCCUGAAGCUAACUUUAGCCUCAGCUAAAGCUACAGACGUCCAGGUGGACGGAACUCAAGUGAGUUGAACGGUGGCAGUAUGAGGACUGGUGCAGAGGUGUUCUAUUUCUGAGCCGUUAACCUGCUGUGAAAAUAUAAACGGACAAAACACAAACAGCAGCCAAACUUUUAGCGCCGUUAGCUGAAAACUGAGCCGACACUGACGCUGCUAGACCCACGAAACCGGAGCUAUUCAUGGAUUUAUUAUCGGUUUAACGCUGCAGUUGUGUCUUUUACCUCGUCAGGCUGAAAGACACAACCGGAAAUGUGUCUGUAAACUUUGAAUUUACGGCGUCGUUCGCGUUUAUUUACUGUUUAUCCACAAACGUCAGAGGCCCGUGCUACUUAGCAGGGUCUGUGGUUAUCCAGCUAAUUUCAGGUUUAACUCUGGAUCCUAAGGGUCGCCGCGGUGGUGCGCUCUUUACCAGGUCACAUCACCACGGUAACUUCAGAGGAUCAGAUCAAAACCUGUACAAACAAACAAAAAAAAAUCAUCUGCCAUAACUACUGACCAAUCAGAUCACUGGAAACACCGAGUCAUCAUUCCUACAGGAUCCUGAUAGGGACAAAAAAGCUGACAGUAAAAUGAUGAACAAUAAAGAGCAGAAACAGUCUGACAUGAACUGUUUUUACCUGAGUCACAUGAUCAGAACACUCAGUGAGAAACUUCAGAAUAAUUCUGCUUAUUGACAGUAAAUCCUCAGUCUGACUUCAUCAGCUGUGAAUUAUUUCCACUGUUCUGGUCAUGUGAUCAUGUUGUUUCCAUCUCACCUGGUUGAAUUUAAGUUUAUACUUUAUUCAUCCCUCCUGGGGAAAUGUGUAUUCAUUGUGCUUGGUCGAGGAAUCGAACCAGCAACCCUCUGAUCUCCAGGCGGUUCACGGCUGCCCCCAGAAUUUCACCUCUGGAAUUUACCUGUGGUGGAGGUGUCACCGUUUCUUCUUAUUGUAUAAAUAUGUUUAUAUGAAGGACUUUAUUCAUGUUGAUUGUGAUUAUGUCCUAGGUUUGUUACUUCCAGGUAUUAUCCACAACCUUUCCCUGGAUUCACUGAGCUGAACAGCUGCAGUCACACUAAGCGGUCACAGGACAGUGGUUUUCCCAAGCGUGAUCGGGAAGAGCGAAACGUGAACGUGUAAGUUAACGGGCUGAUAAUAUCACUGCUCCACCAUCACGGCAGCAGUGAAUCCGGCUGUAAUUACACUGGUGUAUCCCUUUAAAUGACGUGUUGCUCAGACAUGUUGUCAUUCUUUCAGCCGCAGCCCCGGAGGUGUCAAAUCAGAAAUAAAUAUCAAAACAUAACUCGAGUCGUACAUGGGUGUUUGACAGUGCAGCUGCCAGCAGGGAGACAAUGAGGUGAAGCAGGCAAGAGGGGGCCGUCCUCCCCAGGAGGAGCUGAGCCUCUGCAGUCACGAGGCUCGCUCAUAUAAAACAGUCGUCAGGGAAAGGAGGCGACCGAUCGUCACAGUCUGCGCACAGAGCUCCGCUACAUCUGUGACGAAUCGUGGGCGGGGGCGGAGCUUUUAUACAUGUUGACUGCAAGAGUAACCUGCUCUCGUUAGCAGGUUGCCUGUGCAGCAUCGGUUACCGUGGAGACAUGCCCCUGUAAGAAGGGAGUGUGUGACCGACCAGACUUUCCAAUUCAGUGUCCUCUGUGAAGCCUCUGAUCCUGGUUUCUCUUCCAGGCCGAUCUGAGCUCCUCCCUGCAGAGCUGUGACUGGUCCGAGGAGGAGGAAGAUGGCCCCAGUGUCAGAUGUGGAGGUGGAGGGGUCCUCUGUGUCAGACGGUAGGGGGAGGGGUGGAGGGUCGCUGUCUCUCGACGACUGCCGCUGUCCGGUCUGUCUGGAGAUCCUCAUGGAGCCCGUCACACUUCCCUGCACACACACCUUCUGCAAGGGCUGUUUCCUGGAGUCCGUGGACAAAGCCACCCUGUGCUGUCCCAUGUGCAGGAAGAGGGUUUCUACCUGGGCCCGACUGCACAGCAGGAACAACACACUGGUCAACCAGCAGCUGUGGAGGCAGAUCCAGAGCUGCUUCCCUCUGCAGUGUGAGCGCCGUCUCACGGGGCAGGAGGUGGAGGACGACCCAGGAGUCUCUGUGUGUUCUCCCACAGUGAGUCGGCCUGGAGAGCUGAGGCAGGAGUACGAGGACCAGAUCACUAAACUGACUGAGGAGAAGAGAGUCCUGGACGAGGAGGAGAGGAGGGCCAGUGAGGAGUACAUCCAGAGGCUGCUGGCUGAGGAGGAGGAGCUGCUGCAGGAGGACAGCAGGAGGCGAGAGGAGGACGAGAGGCUGGCCAGGCUGCUCAGCAACCAGCUGAACUCUGCUCCGCUCUCUCAGGAAAGCCUCCGCCCUGCUGAUGUUACUCCGGUCAGGAAGAAGAAGGAGGCCAGCGCCGGACAGAUUGAGAAGUUUUUGUGUCCUCUUCCAUCUAAAACCAACUCCUCAGACUGCAGUUCUUCCUCCAGCUUCGUGGCCAACAAGGAGAACAUCCUCCUCUCUCAGGCAGAGCUGCAAGGAGAAUGUGCCCCCCCCAAACUGGAUUAUUAUGGAGCUCCAACAGACAGACCAGAGCCUCCAGACCUCCAUACAGACCUCCAUCCAGCCUUCAUGGAGGAUCAGACUCACAGGAGUCAUCUUAUUGGAGAUAGACCUUCAUCGACCAAAAGGAAGAGUUCAGAGCUGGAGGCGACAGAGGAGGAGGAGGUGGUGAUUAUCACCAAACGGGGCUGUCGCUCCCUGCCCUCCUCCUCCUCCUCCCUGGAGGCGUCUGAGUGGGAGUCGGAGCUGUUGAGCAGACGGCGGCAGGAGGAGGAGGACCGACGGCUGGCUGUGAUCAUGCAGAGGGAGCUGGACCAGGAGGAGAGACGGAGAGCCACCGACAGACGUAAAGGAUCCGCCGAUGCCUACCUGUUGCGCCAGAAGCAGAGAGGGAGGGUGGAGGCCGGCGCCGACACCGACACCGCCGGCGGACACUCCAGGAAAACUCCCAAGGCCUCCUCCAGCAGAGGCCAUAAACAGACCACCCUGACUGAGAUGUUCUCCAGCCUGAGCAGCUGAACUCUCUCUCUCUCUCUCUCUCUCAUUCCGCUCUGUGUCCCGGUGUCUCUCUACCACCACUGGACAGCCUUGACGUCCACCAGCUGGUUUCAGGUCUCUGAGUCCAUACACAGAGGACAGACAGAAGUCUGCUGCCUUCAGCCUUGCUUUUAUUUUUCUUUUGUUUGGAAACACUGUGUGGCCAAAAGUAUGUGGACAGACGAGGACACGUUCAACAGCUCAACAGUUUAAUUUACUAUAAGAUGGAUGAUUAACCCAAAGUUGAACAUGUGACCUGUACAUGAACCUGCUGCUCACAGCCUCCGUCUGUCACAUCCAGCACUAAAAACAACACUAACAUAUAUGAACAGGACCGUCCACAUACUUUUGACCAUACAGUACGAGUAAAACUGAGUGUCCACCGGGGGGCGCUGUCACUCAGCAUGAACAGACUGCUGCUGCAGACUUGUUUUAGUUUUUCACUCAGUGGCUUCAUGUUGAUUCAGACGCUGCAGUUUUUUUUUUUACACUGCCUAAAAUCCUGUCAGCAUGUUAAAGGUUAAAGGUCACGCUGCUCUCAGGUCAGGUCAGGAUGUUCUCAUGUUUACGGUUGUGUGAUUAACUGUGAGAGUUUAAAAUCCCGCACAGUGACAAUAAAAGCGUCCUGAGCUCAGGACACACGAG